AUGUGGAGCAGAUUAGAGGAAAAGAUAAGUAAAUUUGGAUAUAGACCCAACACAGGCUCUGUGCUUCAUGAACUGGAAGAGGAGGAGGAGAAGAUUGAAAUACUGAGGGGGCACAGUGAGAAGCUUGCAAUUUCAUUUAUAUUGUUGAAGAUGAGUAAAGGUGCAACUUUGAGAGUAGAUUGUCACAAUGCUGCUAAGUUGAUAUCCAAGGUUGUUGAAAGAGAGAGAGUUGUGAGAGACAAUAAGCUUUUCCAUCAUUUCAAACAUGGCCUUUGUUCUUGUGGAGAUUAUUGGUAA